AUGUCCUCUUUUUUUGGGGAGACGGAAAACCCCCAGAGCUGGAGAGUUCACGACGGUGACGGUAUUCGGGACUGGAUCGCUGCGGACCAAGCCCAAAAGAGUUGCAGCCUCUCCAACCGGCUUUGCGAAGAAUGUGUCGAGACAUUCAAAUCCAUUUUGAAACAACUUCGCAGAAUCGAUUACCUGCCUAAAGUCGUCUGCCGAAGCUUGGAAAGGAGCGGGGCCUCUUUGAUUCUGUGGGCAGAUGGCCAUGGGAUUCUUCAAGGGGACUUGGACGAUGUCUUGAAGAAAUCUCGAUUUCUCCGAAAGUCCAUCCUGGAACUCCUGAUAAGCAUUAGUCAAACACUGAUUGAUCGACUCCUUCCGAGCCUGAUUCCAGCGGACAGGAACGCGAUCUACGUUGGAAAGCUGGUAUAUGCCAUAGAAGAUGCUCGAACGGAUAUCCGGGAAAACUAUGCCAGCUCUGACAGCUCUGAAGACUUGGAGGAUGAAGACAGCGAGGAAAACGAUGGAAAACUUCCAUCGACUCCCAGUGCCAGGAUUCUCAACAACAUGACGGAUGAUAUUCGCUUCGACGUUGAGUGUCUUCUAGACCUCGAGUCUCUCAUCAAGUCACCCUUCAUCGACCCGCCCAAGCGCAAGUCUGUCGAGCUAGAAUGGUCUUACAAUGCACCGACUCCACAUCAACCGUAUCUGGAACGCAUCAGUCGAAGGUUUCCUCUCGCCAAACAAGAUUUGGUAGACCGACUUGCCAAGGCCUGUUGGAAACGGUUUCAAAGGAUCCAGAUAGACAAACAUCGAAACUCGGGACUUGAAGAGCGGGAGACCAAAGAUGGCGUAUCGGAGUUCUAUGACUCUGGACUCGGAACAUCAUUGGGGAUGACGACCUCUUACGCCGAGACAGUGAUGUCUUACAGACAGAACUCUGGCAAAUCCAUGUCAACUCGCAUACCGCCUCUUCCGGCCGAAGCUAAGAAAGGCGACCCAUUCGAGUGUGUAGCUUGCGGAAGAAGUAUCCGAAUCGCCAACAAUUCGGCGUGGAAGCGACAUCUGUUCGAUGAUCUGAGACCGUGGAUGUGUCAUGACGCUUCAUGCCAAUAUGGCAACGAACCAUUCUCUUCAAAGGAAGACUGGGCACAGCAUCUUGCUUUGCAGCAUGGUUUCCAAAGCGACUGGCACUCGUUGGACUGUCCGUUUUGCCUCGAGUCCACUGGAGACGGGAAGACGGCCAUACUCAAGCACCUGGCAACCCAUUUCGAAGAAAUCUCUCUUUCGUCUUUGCCACCUGGAGUAGACUCGGACAGCGAUUCUGGAGGUGGAGUAUCACAUGCCACGGCUGAAGUUUCCGAAAAGUCCUUGCAAGAUGCUACCGGUCAGUUUGACGGCAGCAUACGGUAUAUUUCAAAUUUCGAGCUCGAAUGGCGAGCGGAUACGGACGUCACGCCCAAAUCUGGGCUCGACCAGGUAUAUCACAAGACAGAGCAAUCCCCUACUAAUUCUCGUGCAUCCAGCGCCGGCGACGAGGAGAGGGAGCGCGAGCGCCAGAAGGCGCAGGAGCGUCUACAGCGCAUCCGCGAACGGAUCGCCAAGCAGAAUGACGAAAUCUCCCGCCGCACCGCCAUCCCCUUUAAACGCACAUCCACAGGCUUUAGUCCUUCCCUAGCCGACCAGCAGCGAGAACAGGAACAUGUUGACGCCAUACGUCGCUUAGAGAUUGCCGACCGCCAAGCACAAGAGGCACGCGAGGCUCGCAAGCAGGAGAAGGAGGACAAGGCCCAGCGUCACCAGUUGAUGGAGCGGAUGAUGCCCCAGCGCCAGGCAACUGUAAGACCAGGCAGCCGGAGGCACCGUGUACUACACAACGAUGGAGAUGAGAGAGUUCGAGUUAAGGCGAAGGGAAGCCACAGCAAAGCCACUACCUGA